AUGGCAGUGUCUGUGUCCAGAAAAAGACUAAAAUCAUCAUCUAGAAAUCUAGCAGCCAAACAAUCUUACUUUGGCCUGACAAUCCUCUACAACUUUCUUAGUAGAAUUUCUGCUUUGGUCUUCCUCAUAAUCCUUAUCUACAUGUGGUCUUCCUUCUCCACCUUAAUAACAGGAAACAUCAUUCAUGUUUGCUUUUCCACAAGGAAGGUCAAUAACCUCUAUUGUCUGUCUGCAGGUACUCGCCCUUCCUUUGAAAUGCCAACUUCCACAAACAAUAAUAGUUCUAUUAUUAAUCCUGGAACUGAUCAGGGUAAUGCAACUACUGAACCACUCAAGUUUCCAGAUACCCCAUAUCUGGUUACUACUAGUAGUACAAUGGAUAUCAAUGAUACAGAUGAGAGGGUUGCAAAUGCUGUUAAGGUCGUUGAGGAACAAUUGCAGGUACAUAGAUCCUGGAGGUCAAAGUCAAAUAAAAACUAUGCAACUUGUGAUGGUAAAGGAAUAUAUGUGUAUGACUUGCCAUCCAAGUUUAACAAGGACUUGAUGGGUCAAUGUCAUGACAUGGUUCCGUGGCAGGACUUCUGCAGCUAUUUGAGUAACGAGGGGUUGGGUGAGCCAAUGGCCAAUCUUGGCAAAGGAUGGUACAAAACUCAUCAGUACGCACUUGAACUCAUAUUUCAUUCGAGAGUCUUGAGGCAUCCAUGCAGGGUUUAUGAUGAAACAGUUGCAAAGCUCUUUUAUGUCCCAUUCUAUGGCGGUUUGGAUAUCUUGCGAUGGCAUUUCAAGAACGUGUCAAAUGAUGUGAAGGACAGUUUAAGUCUGGAAUUGGUGAAGUGGCUCGAGAGACAAGGACCGUGGAAAAGAAAUUCAGGUAAGGAUCAUGUGUUUGUGUUGGGUAAGAUUUCGUGGGAUUUUAGGAGGAGCAGUGAGUCUCCUUGGGGUACUAGAUUGUUAGAGUUUGACAAAAUGCAAAACCCGAUUAAGCUCUUGAUUGAAAGACAACCUUGGCACCUCAAUGACAUUGGAAUUCCUCACCCAACUAAUUUCCACCCUCAUUCAGACAAUGAUAUAAUCUCUUGGCAACUGAAAAUCAUUAGAUCAAACCGCAAAAACCUUGUCGGUUUUGCUGGAGCAGCACGGGCCAAUGCAGAGGACAACACAAGGUCAACAUUAAUCCACCAAUGCACUUCAUUAGGGAAUGGCAAAUGCCAUUUUAUGAAUUGCAGUUCUGUCAAGUGUGAUGAGGCUGAGUCAGUUAUAAAACUUUUUGUGGAGUCUGAGUUUUGCCUUCAGCCCCCAGGAGAUAGUCCAACAAGAAAAUCUGUUUUUGAUUCGCUCAUAUCAGGUUGCAUCCCUGUUCUCUUUGAUCCUUUCACGGCUUAUUACCAAUAUCCCUGGCACUUGCCCCAUGACCAUGAUAAGUACUCUGUGUUUGUGGACAAAAAAGAGGUGACACAAAUGAAUGUGAACGUGGUGGAGAGGCUAGCCAACAUUUCGUUGAGAGAGAGAGAAAACAUGAGAAGAUAUAUUGUGUAUGAACUGUUGCCUGGAUUGGUAUAUGGGGAUUACAACGCUGAGCCUGACAAGUUUGAGGAUGCGUUUGCCAUUGCGAUGAAUAAUCUGCUUGAGAGGGUUAUCACAUUAGACCAACCACACAAAGAUUGA